CCCCACCCUAACAGAAAAACAGUCACUCACGGUUUAAAACCUUCCGACCCAAAUUCCUCCUCUGUCUGUCGAAUGUUCGUCUUCAGUGUAGGACAACAGGAGACUAACUGGAUACCAUUGGCUGAUUAAUCUUCAAUCUCUUUGAAAGGUCGAUUGGAAGAUGGGACUGUUCGUGCGUGGAUGUCCGUUCCUGCUCCGUGUCUCUCGACUGUUCCUGCAGAGGGCUGGGGCCUCCCUUGGUAUAUACGCUCAGCGUUGCCCGAUGAUGACCCGUGGCCUAGCGACCUCCAUCAUCGACCGGCAGCGAGUGAAUGAGAAGGAGGCGAUGGGUGCUGGUGUUUUUCCGUCUGCUCUGUUGACCUCCGCCAAGACGAUGGUGCAAGCAAACGUUCAAGAUAUGGACAACGCAAAACCAGUCCGGAUUGCGAACUGUCCCUUUGUGGAGCUGGAGGUGCAACUGGGUACGAGCCGAGUGAUCCGCAAAGCGAGCCUGGCCUCGCAAGAGGAUGUCGCAGGUAACGAACGUCCCUCGAGUCCAGGAACCUUUGUCUGGCAGCCCAGUCCACAUGGACAGGUCGGGGACGGUGUGGCUGGCCCCAACAACAGUCUGGCUGUGACACACUUCCUCAGGGACAACAUCGACACAGCAACCAACUUUGAUUACGACAGCUUCUUUGAGCGUAAGAUUGAGGAUAAGAAGAAUGACCACACAUACCGUGUGUUUAACACCGUGAACCGCAAGGCGGAUGAAUACCCGCUGGCAGAACACUACCCCGGGUCGCUGGAGGGGAAGGCAGCUGAUGUGUCGGUGUGGUGCAGCAACGACUAUCUCGGAAUGAGCAGUCAUCCCCAUGUACUCAACGCCAUCGUGGAGACGGUACAGAGGCACGGAGCCGGGGCAGGGGGCACCCGCAACAUCUCGGGGACCAGCAAGUUCCACGUGGAGCUGGGAGAGGGAACUGGCCGGCACAGCAAGGAUGCACACUCCUCUCUCAAGGCUUUGUGCGCAGGGUGUGAGUUUUACUCGGACGCUGGGAAUCACGCAUCGAUGAUCCAGGGCAUCCGGAACAGCGGAGUUCCCAAGUACGUUUUCCGGCAUAACGACGCCCAACAUUUGGAACAGCUGUUGAGGGAGUCCCAGCCGGAGACGCCCAAAAUAGUUGCAUUUGAGACGGUGCACUCCAUGGAUGGGGGGAUCUGCCCGCUGGAAGAGUUGUGCGAUGUGGCUCACAAAUACGGGGCGAUCACGUUCGUGGAUGAGGUCCACGCGGUGGGUCUGUACGGGCGUCAAGGUGCGGGCAUCGGCGAGCGUGACGGGAUCCCGCACAAGAUCGACAUCGUCUCGGGAACCCUCGGUAAGGCAUUCGGGUGCGUUGGAGGAUAUAUCGCUGGGACAUCAUCGCUAGUGGACGCGGUGCGGUCCUACGCCGCUGGUUUCAUCUUUACCACGGCGCUGCCGCCCAUGGUGUUGGCCGGCGCGCUGGAGUCGGUGCGCGUUCUACGGGGCGAAGAGGGGGCCCGUCUACGGCGAUCUCACCAGCGCAACGUUCGCCACCUUCGACAACUGUUGCUGGACGCUGGGCUCCCCGCCAUUAACUGCCCAGUCACAUCAUCCCACAUACAUGUGAGUGGUUGA